UUACUCGUUUCAAUAUUUUAGGCACUAAUAAAACCCCAAACAAGAUAACAGAAAAAACCACCGGUAGAUAAUAAACUCCGGCCACCGGUAAAAACGCGGCACCACCACCGCCACUGCAAUGCUAACCUCACCCAUAUACACUUGCCGGAAUCCGUCCAUCAUUUUAACACCAAGUAUAAUUUCACUAUCAUCCAAUCAAAACCUUAUCUUUUCACUGCACCACCAACCGCCAUUACACAAGUUCAAUGUAAACAUAUGCCGCUGUUCACAUUCACCUGUCACUCAUACUAUGGAGUUGCACGAGCCUGUCACGUGCGCUCCCGAUAUCGCUAAUUCUUAUAGUGAUGCUGAUAUUGAUAAUCAGGAUAUUACCAGGCUUUCAAUUCCUGUCAGAGCUUAUUUCUUCUCUACUAGUGUGGAUUUGAAAGGUUUAGUGGACGAAAACCGACCAAAUUAUGUUCCGCCUAUAUCGCGCAUGACAAACUAUGUUGUCUUAAGAUUUGGGAGUACCAAGCCCGAUAUUAUUGGUUCUGGUGCCAACGUAAGUGGAAGUGACUGUCGUUAUAUGGUAGUUUUUCAGUAUGGUUCAAUUGUCCUGUUUAAUGUUCGUGAUCAUGAAAUUGAUGGGUAUCUGAAAAUUGCUGAAAAGCAUGCUUCAGGAUUGCUACCUGAGAUGAGAAAGGACGAAUAUGAGGUGAAAGAGAACCCAAUACUGGACACGUGGAUGGAAGGUGGAUUAGAUCAUAUAAUGUUGCAGUAUCUGAACAUUGAUGGAAUCCGUACAAUUGGUAGUGUUUUAGGUCAAAGUAUUGCGCUUGAUUAUUAUGUUCGCCAGGUUGAUGGUAUGGUCGGAGAAUUCACUGAUAUUAAUCGUGGUAUGGAGAAAACUGGAACCUUCACUAUGAAGAGGAAAAAAUUAUUUCAGUUGGUGGGGAAGGCCAAUUCAAACCUUGCUGAUGUGAUUCUCAAGCUUGGACUUUUUGAGAGAUCUGAUAUUGCCUGGAAGGAUGCUAAAUAUGCUCAAAUCUGGGAGUAUCUCAGGGAUGAAUUUGAGCUGACUCAGAGAUUUGCUAGUUUGGAUUUCAAAUUGAAGUUUGUGGAGCACAAUAUUCGUUUUCUUCAAGAAAUCCUCCAAAACCGAAAAUCAGACUUUCUGGAAUGGGUUAUAAUUAUACUCAUAGGUGCUGAAAUUCUUAUCUCUGUUUAUGAUAUUGCCAAUAAGCCUGUUACAUCUCUAUAGCAAUUGUUUUUGUAUCAUAAAAAGAUAAGAAGAUAGUUCUACUUUGCACUUCCUGAUGCUUAAGUGAUCCGUUUAUACCCAUAUCAAGGGUUAUUCUUUACUUGUAAAUUAACAUUUAUUAUGUCCUGAUCAGAUAAUACAAGUCACUACAAAUUUUAAAAUGCUCAAGCGAUUGUUUGAAAUAAAAGAUUUGGACGUUUGAUAUGUA